AUGUGUGCAAUUGAGCACCGCCCAGAUAGCAGGACUCGAGAUUCUCUGACCCAUACAUUAUUCAACUUAAUCAAGCGCCCUGAUAAACAACAGAGAAGAAGAAUAAUGGAGAUAUAUCACAUGUACGACGAGCGUAGACUACCUGUUGCUCAAUCAUGUGGCGAGCUUGCAGAAUUUGUGCUGCCUGAGAUUCGGGAUUCUCUUAUUUUAUCUAUUGUGCAGCAGCUAAUAGAACAUGCUGCCAUCAUUAUUCGAGAGGCUGCUGCUCAUAAUUUGCCUUUGCUGCUUCAUCUUUUUCAAAACAUGGAUAAAUAUUUCAAGGCAAUCAUGGAGAAGAUUUCUGACUUUAAAGAAUUGACUGCAAUGUAUGCUCUGCAGCAGGUUGACGGGACAGUACAGGAAAUGGAGCCUUUUACCCUUGUAGAGGAGUUGAUGUUCCAAUUGAUAUGUGAUCCAUCAGGAGUGGUGGUCGAAACUACUCUCAAGGAAUUGGUUCCUGCAGUUAUAAAGUGGGGAAACAAAUUAGACCACGUUCUGAGAGUUUUGUUCUCACAUAUUGAGUGCUGCUCAGAUGUUCUAUUGAGAAUGCUAGAGGAAUUGAUCCCUUUUGUGCCUCAGAAAGCAAUUGAGACGCGUCCUUUCUUGUCCACAGUAGAAUCUAGGCAAGUUGUGUUUUCUACCACAUUGCUUGAAUUGUAUGCGAGGGGGCAUGUUGAAUGGGAUGCAUUUGAAUGGAUGCAUGUUGAGUGCUUUCCCAAAUUGAUACAGCUGGCGUGCUUGUUACCCUGCAAAGAAGAUAAUCUAAGGAGCCGAAUUUCAAAGUUUCUGUUAUCUCUUUCUCAAAGGUUUGGGGAUUCAUAUAUGACAUGCAUCAUGCUACCUGUAUUUUUAACAGCAGUGGGAGAUGAUGCUGAUUUGACAUUUUUUCCUACUGCCAUACAUUCAAGAAUUCAAGGUUUGAGGCCAAGAUCUAUUGUUGCGGAGAAGUUCUCGGCAUUAUGUGUCCUACCGCUUCUGUUGGCUGGUAUUUUGAGUGCUCCUGGAAAACGUUAUCAGUUAGAAGAUUACAUAAGAAAGUUGUUAGUAAAAGACAAUUGGAAGGAGAAUUUGCCAGCAAAGCAAACUCCCGAGGUCAUUAAAUCUUUCCGCUUCAUUUGCAUAUAUGAAGAAAAUCAUGGUAUGAUAUUUAAUAUACUGUGGGAAAUGGUUGUUAACACUGACGUGAACAUGAAAAUCAGAGCUGCCAAGCUUCUAAAAGCUAUUGUGCCAUAUAUUGAUGCAAUACUUGCUUCAACGCAUUCUUUGCCUGCCCUAGUUACUCUUGGAUCUGACAAAAACGUCAAUGCUAAGUGUGCCAGCAUUGAUGCAUUUGGUGUCGUGGCUCAACGCUUUAAAAAUGAGAUGAUAAUUGACCAGAUACGGGUUCAAAUUGGUGCUUUUCUUGAAGAUGGAUCCCAUGAAGCUACUGUUUCCGUCAUUCGUGCAUUGGUGGUUGCAAUACCAAAUACAGCAGAGCAACUUAGAGAUUAUAUAUCCUUAACUUUUUUGUGUGGAAAGGAAAUCCGUGCCCGCUACUACUUCAAGUGA